AUGUCGUCAAUGCAUGGUGGUGCAAGUAGUUACCAAUAUCCACAAGGAUCAACAAGAUCUAAUAGUCAAUCUAUGAACUAUGAAAACAAUCAAAUAAAUCAAGAUUAUUCAAAUCCACAACCUCGUCAUCUUGAACGUCGUGGAACAAAUCCUGCAUUAAUUCUACCAUCUGAUCGAAUACAAUAUAUUCAACCAAAUACUCAAAAUUAUUCAAUACCACCAUCUCUUUAUGUCGAACGACGUCCAGCAAAUCCUGUACCAAUUACACAACCAAAUCAACCACAAUAUGUUGAAUUAAAGAAUUCAAAUUUUGGUUAUCAAGGUGCUCGUGCUGUACAAGCUCAAACAACAGGCAUGUAUCAUAAUAAAAAUCCUGGUACACCAUCACGAAAUGUAAAUCCAGCAUUAAAAGUAAAUCCACCACCAUCAUCACAAUCUCAAUAUGCAACAUAUGGUAAAGAAAGUCUUUUUGCUAAAAAAGAAACACGUGGAGAAAUUGAUGAUUCACCAAUAAUUGAUCCACGUGCAUUUCAAUAUUUAAACUUAAAUGAACCAAAAGUUCAAAAAAAAAUAGCAGCAAGUGAAAGUGGCAUUGAUUCACGACCAAUCAUUGAUCCACGUGCAUUUCAAUAUUUAAAUGAACAAAAAGCUCAAAAAAAAUCGACAGCAAAUGAAGGUGGCAUUGAUUCACGACCAAUCAUUGAUCCACGUGCAUUUCAAUAUUUAAAUGAACAAAAAGUACAAAAAAAAUCAACAGUUGAUGAAAGUGGUAUUGAUACACGACCAAUUAUUAAUCUUGAUGCUGUAACACAAUUAGAAAAACGUCGACAGCAACAAAUUGAAAAAAAUAAUCGGUUACGUGGUGAUGACGGGUCAGGAUCAGGUAUUGAUGGUAGACCCAUUGUAGAUGUAAAUGCUUUUCGUUAUAUUGAAGCUAAGACAAAUAAGAUUAAAGAUAAUGAACAACAAGGACAAGAUAUGACUGGUGGUAUUGAUGAAAGACCAAUAACUAAUCUCGAUGCAAUUAGAGAUUUAGAAGCAAGACGUGAACAUAAACCAUCAAAUACUUUAAAUGAACCAUCGAUUGAUACACGACCAAUAAUUAAUCCUGAUGCAUUUAAAUAUUUAGAAAAACGACAAGAAAAUCUACCGAAAGAUAAUGAUGAAAGUGGUAUUGAUUAUAAACCAAUUGUUAAUCCGGAUGCUUUUCGUUAUUUGGAACAACCUGAUCCACCACCUCGUCGUAAAAUUGAAUCAGGUGUUGAUACAACAUCAAUGGUUAAUCCAAAAGCAUUUCAAUAUAUUGAAAGAAAAGAACCACCUAAACCAGAACUAACGGAACCAUCUAUUGAUUAUCGACCUAUUGUUGAUCCACAAGCAUUUAAAUGGAUUGAAAAAAAAGAACCAACACGUCGUGUUGAUGAAGGUCCUGAUGUUGAUGAACGUUCUUAUGUUAAUCCACAAGCUUUUCAAUAUAUUGAUCGUCAACCAGGAAAAAAAAGUGAUAUAUGUGAACCUGAAAUUGAUACACGUAGUUUUAUACUUGAUCGAAAUCCAAAUGCUCUUGUUCAUCUUGAACGUCAACCAAGAAACAUAAAAGAUCAAACAGAAAGUGGAGUUGAUGAACGAUCAUUUGUUAAUCCAAAGGCAUUUAAAUAUCUUGAAGGUAUGAGCGAUGAUUUGCCUAACACUUCUGUACAUUCAUCAGCUGGUCCAGCAAUUGACACUAAAUCUUAUGUUAAACCAGAUUCAUUUCGUCAUCUUGAAUUUAAAGAUAGAGAAAGAAAACAUGAUGAUAAUGAUGAAAAUCAAGGAGUUGAUGAAACAUCUUUUGUAUCGCCGGCAGCUUUUCGUCAUUUAGAAUUUACUGGUGAACAAACAAGUCCUCCUGCACAAAUUGAUUAUGCAACAUAUGGACAAACAGACUUUUAA